AUGUCUUCAUUGGGAAAAGCAACUCAUCUUUGGAAUUAUAGAUUCCGAUUUUCUUCCAUUACAGAUGAUGACGACAACAAUGAUGAUGAAACAGUAGAUCUUUUGUCAAAAACUUAUAUUGAUAGAUCCCAUGAUGUCUACCAGGACGAAAUCAUAAUUACUCAUGCAAAGGACAUGAAUGUUGCCUUUGACAAAUUAUUUAAUUUAGCACCAUUACCUGAAGAAAUAUCAAAAGUUUCAGACUUGAAUAAAACAGACUUUAAGUUAAAAAAAAAAAAUAGUUUUAAUGACUUUAAUAAUAAUAAUGUUGAUGGUUACCAAUCUAAAAAAAGGUCAAUGUCUACAGCAAGUGAGCCAUGCAGAAUGACAAGAUAUGCAAGUAUAAGUUCAAAUAAACAGAAGAAAGAUUCUUACUUGGGCACCUCAGAAUCUUAUGUAAUAUCAGAGUUGUCUCAUCCAAUGUGCCAAGAAUAUACUGAGAUGUUGUUGGAUAGUUUGGGUAAACAGUUAACAGACACUUCAAAAGAACGUGAUUGUUAUAAAGAUUUUUUAAAGAAAAUGAAUGGAAAAUUGGCAGCAACUGAUAUGUUGAAAGAUAUUGAACAUGAGAGAGAAGUAUUGAAAAAAGAAUUAGAAAAAUUAGAGGCAGAAACAAGUCAACUUGAUGAGCUCGAAGAAAAUUAUUGGAAAGAAUUUAAUAAUUUUCAUAUUCAAUUACAAUCUUUUCAAAAUGAUAGGGAUAGUAUAAAUUUAAAAUAUGACCAUGAUACAAAAUUAUUAGAAAAAUUACAUAGAACCAAUGUCUAUAAUGACACUUUUUGUAUUGGUCAUGAUGGAUAUUUUGGAACUAUAAAUGGAUUUCGACUUGGACGUUUACCCAAAAUUCCGGUGGAGUGGAAUGAAAUCAAUGCUGCAUGGGGACAAACUGCAUUAUUGCUAUCAAUAAUUGCAAAACGGCUUAAAUUUACAUUUCAAAAGUAUGGUACAGGUGAUAUUGCAAUAGGAAGAUUAUUUCAGAAUCGUCGUUUUGAUAGUGCAAUGGUAGGAUUUUUGAAUUGCCUACAGCAAUUAGGAGAAUAUGUGGAAAGUGAAGAUCCCAAAUUAAAUUUACCAUACCGAAUUAACAAAGAUAAAAUCAACGAUGCAUCGAUACGACUACAAUUCAGUGUGGAAGAAUGGACAAGAGCAUUAAAAUAUACUUUGGCAUAUCUUAAAUGGAUUUUAGCAUAUGCAUCAUCAAUUAAAAAUGGAUCUGGCAAAAAUUAA